AUGUUGCCGACCCCCCCUGCAUCUCCCACCCUCAAUGGAUUUUGCAACCCGGAAGACCGCCUAGGCCAGAUCCUCGCUGGAAGACUCCAGUUGACAGGUAUCCUUGGAGUAGGUGCUUAUGGAGUCGUCUACACCGCCGUGGACAUCCAGACCAACACGCCCUAUGCCGUCAAGGCCCUUAACAAGAUCGGCCUGGAGCCCCGGCAACGAAAGUUCCAGCAGAGGGAAAUCCAGCUCCACCACCAGGCCAGUGCCCAUCCCAAUGUUGUCUCCUUGGUAAAGAUCAUGGACGCUCCAGACUGCACAUAUGUUGUCAUCGAGUACUGCCCAGAGGGCGACCUGUUCUCAAACAUCACUGAGCAGGGAAAGUAUGUUGGUAACGAUGCACUUGCCAAGAGGGCCUUCCUCCAGAUAUUGGAUGCCGUGGAAUUCUGCCACUCCAUUGGAAUCUACCACAGGGACCUCAAGCCGGAGAACGUUUUGGUGACUGACAAUGGAAUGACCUGCAAGCUUGCCGAUUUCGGACUGGCCACCAACGACCACAUCACGUCUGAUUUCGGAUGCGGCUCGACCUUCUACAUGUCGCCUGAAUGCCAGACGGCCGCUCCCAAGGCCUACUCCUGCUACGCGUCAGCCCCUAACGACGUCUGGAGCCUCGGUGUUAUCCUCGUCAAUCUGACUUGUGGACGCAACCCAUGGAAGCGCGCCUCGUAUGAGGACAGCACUUUCCGUGCCUACAUGAAGGACCCCAAAUUCUUGAGAUCCAUUCUGCCCAUCUCCCCGGAAUUGGACUCCAUCAUGAGGCGCAUCUUUGAGUUCAACCCCGUCAAGAGGAUCACCAUCCCCGAGCUCCGCGAGUUGAUCAUGCGAUGCCCCAGGUUCACUGCUACCAAGUCAGCGGCUCCUACGCCAAUGGCUUCCCCACCAUUUGCUCCCGUGGACUACCAGGAGGCCUCCUACUACCAGGCUGUACCGCCUGCGGCUGCCCUUCCUGGCCCAGUCUACUCCCCCUCCGUCUGGGAGCUACCCUCACCCCAACACUCCAUCUCUUCAGGAAGCUCGAACUCAGAUACCGAAUGUGUUUUCUCCUCUUGCUCAUCAGCUUCCUCUGCCUCCUCGACUUCAUCCUUCACGCACGUCCAUCCGGCCCAGAAGCCGUCUGUGCGUCAAUCUACAUACGUUUCCCAGCCACCCGCCAGUGGAUGGUUCCACCCCUUCUUCCAAGCAGCCAACCUGGUCAAGCAUGUGUCGUUCCAGCCACCGAUGAUGGCUCCGGUACAUGUUUACUAG